AUGGCGCCGCCCGAACAUCCAUUCCCCGUCUCCGAGCUCGACCAGCACGUCCGCUCGCUCACGGUCAACUACAAGGAAAAAUCGCGCAAACUGCCCCAGGACUUUGAUCUCAAGCGGGAUUGCGAGUUGAUGGAACUCGUCCAGUAUAGCUGUACCACGCCCAAGCAACAGUAUGAGAGGGCACUCGCAAACGGCACCGGGACGGCCAGGAUCGAGUGCUACCCCAUCGUGAGGUUGUUUAGGAAAUGCGUCAAAGGUGGAAAGGUGUUUCACGUCGAGACGACAGCCUGGGAAGGUCAACUUGCUUGGAAACCACCUGCAAAUCCGCCUCCCACAGGCCCCAUCAACGACAAUGAUCAAGGAAAGCCUACUGCAGACGAUUCAUCAGGAAAUGUGAUUACAUCCUAUUGGAAUUCGUGGAGGUCCAAAAAGUGA